AUCUUCAUCAAACCUGUUGUUAAAAAUUGUGAAGUGUUGGGAGAAACUUGGGAGGCAAUCCCCAAUAUAGUGGCACCUCCGACGGGAUUUUUGGCUGUGGUUUAGUUCAAACUAAGACAAAAAUUUAACGGGAUAUUAGUGCGUGGCGUGAAUAUAAUAUCGAUGAUGACCGAGACAGUAGACGAAAAGCAAAGGGAAUUGACUGGCAAAUUCAAAGCAUUAAGCUUUGCCGUCAGAAAAUCAACCGAAGUAAUGGAUUCUACGAAAGUAGAUGUUUUAACGCGACAAAUCAGUUCGGUAACGAAUCGGAUAAAAACAGUGUGCGAUUUAAAAGAUGAAGUCGAGGAGAUUAAGUUUACUAAUGGCGAAUCUGAGGAAGACGUCCAAUCGUGGGCACAAGAAAUUGAAUUGACAAUUACCGAAGCUGACAACAAAGUGAGUGAAUUACGAGAACGAAUAAAUUAUAUCGAAGGAAAUCAAAAAUCUGAAGCUCAAGAAACAGCACGGGCUGCUACGGAAGUUGACAGACAAAGGCAACUAGAAUUUGAGAAACGAAAAGUCGAGCUCGAACAGGCAACGAAAGAAGAAGAGCGUAAGCAAGAACUUCAAUACAAAUCGGAGUUAUUAAACCAACAGUUGGAGCAUCAAAAGGCGGUAGAAAAGUCGGUGAAAAGAUCCGAACAAAAUGCAAGUAUUAAAUUACCAAAACUUCCUGUAACCAAAUUUGACGGGAAUUAUGCAAACUGGCUUCCGUUUUGGAACACGUUUCAAGCAGAGGUAGAUAAAUCUGACGUACCCCCUGUUACUAAGUUUGCGUACCUGAAAGAAUGGUUAGAACCGAAAGUUAGAACGGAAAUCGAAGGAUUACCUUUUACAACAGAAGGAUAUCAAAGAGCAAAGAAUGUACUCGAAAGUGAAUAUGGGAAAACCAGUGAGAUCGUCAACACACAUGUUCAAAACAUCAUGGGACUGCCAACAAUUUUGGACGGGAACCCUGCUAAAGUGAAAGAAUUUUAUAAGACUCUCCUAUAUAACACGCAAGCAUUAGAAACACUCAGGAAGUUGGACAAAGUUAGUGGUAUGACAAGGAACAUAUUAGAAAAACUGAAGGGAAUUAAAGCUGAUCUUGUGCGAGGUAACGAAGGUUGGCAAGAUUGGAAUCUAACAAAUCUUAUUUCAGAACUGAAGAAGUGGAGAGACAUCAAUCCAGCCGAAGAGAGUGGAAGUUCUAAGAAAACUCGGAAACCUUUACUUGUAGCAGGCAGUGAGCGACGUAAGCGUAGGUGUGUUUAUUGUAAUUCUGAAAAUCACAGCGCUGUUGAUUGCACGGUUGUAACCGACAUCGAUAAGCGGAAGAAAUUAUUAGCUGAGAAAAAACUUUGCUUCAAUUGCACGGGGACAAAACAUCGCGCCGCUGACUGUAAGAGUUCUCAUAUGUGUUCAAAGUGCAAUGGUAAACAUCAUUCGUCGAUAUGCACAAAGAAAGAUCAGCUUUUAACGGCAAGUGAUGGGCCAGCCGUAUAUCCAACCGUUGUGGUGAGUGUAGAAGGAAUAAAGUGUCGUGCGCUUCUAGAUACAGGCUCUGGUAAUUCUUAUGCAUCGGCAGCCUUGUUAGACUUACUUCCAAAGCGAUCUUAUAGAAAGGAAACACGACGUGUCGAAAUGAUGCUCACCUCAGUUACCAAGGAAAUGGAACUGUCAACCAUACUUGUAAAAGCUGUCAAAGGGGAAUUUCAAAUGGACGUGAACGUAACCAAAGUAAAUAAGGGAGAACUACUGUUUGUGGACAAACCAAAUUAUAAGGCAUUAGUAAGUUCUUAUUCACAUUUAGCGGGUGUGAAGAUGGAAGACGAUGAUCAAAAACCAAGACUCCCUGUGCAUUUAAUCCUGGGAGCUACAGACUACAUGCGCAUCAAGACGUCUGAGAAACCCCGCGUUGGAAAGGUGGGAGAACCUGUUGCUGAAAAAACGAAGUUUGGCUGGACGAUAUUGGCACAAGGCAAAGAACUGGACUACGCUGUUAUGUUUCUUUCACAAACAAGCCAAAGCGUUUACGAAGAAUUGUGUCGGUUAGAUGUUCUGGGUUUGGCUGGCAAACCUGAAAAUGAUCAACAUGAAGUUUAUGCUGAGUUUCAAGAACAGCUUGUGCGAAGUGAAGAAGGGUGGUAUGAAACUGGCCUUCCAUGGAAGGGUAAUCACCCACAACUACAAAGUAAUUAUAAAGGAAGUUUACGAAGACUAGCAAACCUUCAACGCAGAUUGCAUCAGAAGGGGUUGACUAAUUCUUAUUCUGAAAUCAUUGAGCAGCAGAAAGUCGAAGGGAUCGUUGAAGCUGCUAAACAUGAAGCCCGAGGUGUUGAAUUCUAUAUUCCGCAUAAACCAGUGGUCAGAGAAAGAGCAGAAACCACAAAGGUUCGAAUCGUGUACGAUGCCUCUGCCAAAGCCAAUAAUGAAGCUCCAAGUCUGAACCAGUGUUUAAACCCAGGCCCUCCACUCCAGAACAAUCUUUGGAACAUUUUAGUAAGAAUGAGAUUUCAUCCUGUUGCACUGUCAGGAGAUAUUAAACAAGCGUUCCUGCAAGUUCGAAUCAAGGAAGGUGACAGGGAUGCACUACGAUUCCACUGGAGCCCAGAUGCAACUCGUGAAAUUGAAACACUGAGGUUUACAAGAGCGUUGUUCGGGUUAACGUCAUCGCCGUUUCUCCUUGGGGGAGUGAUUGACCAACAUCUCACCUGUUGGGAAAACCGCAGUCCAGAAGUGGUAACUGAAUUGCGCAAAAGCGUAUAUGUAGAUGAUCUAGUAAGUGGGACGACAACGGUAGCAAAAGCGCGCGAGUUGAAGAAAGAAGCAAUAGAAAUCUUUAACGAUGCGACGUUUACUCUGCACAAAUGGCACUCGAAUAAGAAGGAGUUAGAAGACAUGAAUUGCAUCACCGAGGAAGAAACCUUUGCAAAGCAACAACUAGGAACACCUAGUGAGGAAGAUGCGAGUAUUCUGGGAUUAGGUUGGUCAAAGAAUAAGGACGAGAUAAAGGUCAUAGUUCCUUCAACUGUAGCUACUACAACAAAACGAAGAAUUUUAAGCAAACUGGCUCAGAUCUACGAUCCACUAGGGUUACUGUCGCCAAGAACGUUGCAGGGAAAAUUAAUAUAUCGUGAAGUGUGUGAGAUGAAAUUACCGUGGGAUGCACCAUUAUCUGACGAACAAAAGGCUAAAUGGACGAACUGGGAAAAACAAUUGCCAAACAAUAUUGCUGUACCUCGUUCAAUCCCCACCUUCCAAGAAGAGAUCGACUCAAUAUCGCUGCAUGCGUUUGGAGACGCGAGCGGGAAAGGAGUGGCAGCAGUUGUUUAUGCUGUUGUCAAGCAAUCCUCUGGUUCAACACAAGGCAUCAUAACAGCAAAGGCCAGAUUAGCCAAACAAGGAAUAACAAUCCCCAGGUUGGAGUUGGUCUCAGCGCACAUGGCUUGUAACAUUGUGGACAAUGUGCGGAAGGUCCUAAGUGAAUUCCCAGUGGAAGGAACGUAUGCCUGGCUCGACAGUACUGUGGCACUGCACUGGAUCAAAGGAGGAGGAGAAUAUAAACAGUUAUUGGCCAACAGAGUCCAAAAGAUCCAGUCCAAACAGGGUAUCGAAUGGCGAUAUGUACCAACCGAUCGAAAUCCUGCUGAUGUGGGAAGUCGAGGUGGCUCUGUGAAAGAAAACAAGUUGUGGCUGAAUGGACCACAUUGGCUCCAAAACAUCAAUGAGUGGCCACAAGACAUUGUAACUCAAUCGACCAAAGAGAGUGAGAAGGAAGCAAAGGUCAUAAAAACAGCACUGGGCGUACAAAUGGACAACUCAGAUUGUUUUGAUUACAUCCUCGAGAAGUUUUCGUCUUUAAGGAAAGUUAUGAGAGUGUGUGCUUGGAUAAAAAGGUUUAUCACAAAUGCCAGACGUGUGAACAGCCGAGUAGUUGGACCAUUAACGACUGAUGAGAUUGAACGACAGUAUAAAUUCUGGGAGAAAAGAGUGCAGCAAAGUUGUGAUUGUUUAGACGACAAAGGUCGACUUAAUCUUCAAGAGAAUCACGAUGGUAUCAUGGAAUGCAGAGGGCGCAUUCAUGGGCAUUAUCCUGUAUACCUAUCAGACAAACACCUAUUUACAACCAAGCUUGUGGAAGACGCCCAUCUUCAAACUCUCCACGGGGGAGUUGGGAUGACCAUGGCUCGAGUUUGGGAGCGGUAUUGGGUACCUCGACUAAGGCAAUUAACACGUAGAAUAAUCAAAGCGUGCUAUGGCUGUCGUCGUUUCCAAGCGAAAGCAGUGCAGCAACCACCGCCUGGAUUGUUACCCCAAGAUCGAACUGAAGGAAGUCGCCCGUUCGAAGCUGUUGGUGUUGAUUUCGCCGGACCACUUAAAUACAAAAGGAAGAAAAAGGAGCAGGGAAAAGCUUAUGUCUUACUUUAUGCCUGCAGCCUAACGCGAGCUGUAUAUCUCGAGUUGAUGCCGAGUUUGGAUACCCAACGCUUUAUGGAAAGUUUCAAACAGUUCAUAGCUAGGAAGGGAAGACCGAGCAAGGUAUACUCUGAUAAUGCGAAGACUUUUGUUGCAGCAGCAAAGUGGUUACGGGAGGCUCAGAGGGAUGAACGGUUUAACGAGUUUCUCAGCAAGAAUCAGGUGAAAUGGCAAUUCAAUCUAAGUCGUGCCCCGUGGUGGGGCGGUCAAUUCGAGCGCCUAAUCGGAUUGGUCAAACGGGCUCUUCAUAAGACGAUCGGAAAUGGAUUGCUGAAUUGGGAAGAGUUAAAGGAUGUUCUUUUGGAUGUUGAAGUGGCUUUGAACGAUAGACCAUUAAGUUACAUGGAGGAUGAUAUUCAACUUCCAACAUUGACCCCUAACUCCAUGCUCUUCGUUGGUUGUACAUUCGCACCAGAGCUGGAAGCACAUCACAUAGAAGAAAGGGACCAAAGGAAACGGGCUAAGUAUUUGUUAAAAUGCAAGCAAGCUAUCUGGCGGAGAUGGUCUAAUGAGUAUCUAAGGGGAUUGCGUGAACGUCACAACCAACAACACAAGCAAACAACAUUUACUGUGAAAAAGGGCGACGUUGUUAUCAUACGAUCAGACGAGAGAAGUCGUGGUAAAUGGCCUCUUGGAAUCGUGGAGGAGUUGUAUAAUGGGCGAGAUGGUGUUGUUCGUGCCGUAAAACUUCGUGCAGGGAAAACUUAUUUGGAGAGAGCAGUAAACCAUCUUUACCCACUAGAGCUAUCAUGCGACCGUGUUGAACCGAACCCCGUGCCAUUGGAUCCCAGAGCACCAGCGUUUAAACCUAAACGAGACGCUGCAGUAGCAGCAGAACAACAUAUCAAGGAAGUGACGGAUUUAGAAGUUUGAAAGAGAUUGGAAGAAGGACAGAAACUUUUGGCGAUAAACAAACACUUUAUUGAACUUUAUAAAUUUUUUGUUUUGUUUACAGAAGGCAGUCUCUUGAAGGUUACAUAUACCUUAUAAAUCAAGGUAUAUGGGGGGAGAGUGUCAGAGACUCGCCUCCUUUUAGAUGAGUAGUUAUGACAAACACUUACGCGCACCAAUAGGAAGCAAGGGAAAUGGGGUGAUAUGCAAAUUGCGAUAGAAAGGAGAACACGUGUUGUUAUUAUGAUCUUGUUUUUUGGGACUGUGAAAUAAAAACAUCUUCGUCAAA